CCUCGCCUGCCGGGACUCGGAAGAAUGGGCCGAGUCCGAAUGCAGGCGGAGCACCGGCAGCCGCGGCGCGCGCCGGCCCCCGCGCACACGUGCGUGCAGUAAGCCAGGUGCCCCUGCUGCACCCGCCCUCGGGCUGCGCGCCCCCACGCCGGAGACCAGCUAGCCUCGCUGCCCUGGGGCCGACCUGGUCGGAACGGCCGCGUGCCCCUUCCGGACACGGAGAGCGCGCGGGGCCCCGGCGCCGCCUGUUAAAGUGCCGCGGGACAGGGGCCGGGCCGCGGCCACCCGCUCCUCCCGCUCUGGCCCCGACUGUCGGGCCCUCGGCCGAGUCGCCCCGGUAAAUCACAAAAAGUGCGUAGGCCAGCCCCGGUCACAGAGUGCACCGUAUCCUGUCACUUCUGCAUGUGAGGGAGAGGUGAGUCAUCUCAUUCCCCUCCGUGGAUCCGAGGACUUGGGCUAGAUAGAAGCAUGUGGUGUCUCCUGCGAGGCCUGGGCCGGCCUGGAGCCCUGGCACGGGGAGCCCUGGGGCAGCAGCAACCCCUGGGUGCCCGGGCCCUGGCCAGCACGGGCUCCGAGAGCCGGGACGAGUACAGCUACGUGGUGGUGGGCGCGGGCUCGGCGGGCUGCGUGCUGGCCGGGAGGCUCACGGAGGACCCUGCCGAGCGCGUGCUGCUGCUAGAGGCCGGGCCCAAGGACGUCCGCGCGGGGAGCAAGCGGCUCUUGUGGAGGAUCCACAUGCCCGCGGCCCUGGUGGCCAACCUGUGCGACAACAGGUACAACUGGUGCUACCACACAGAGGCGCAGCGGGGCCUGGACGGCCGCGUGCUGUACUGGCCACGAGGCCGCGUCUGGGGCGGCUCCUCAUCCCUCAACGCCAUGGUCUACGUUCGUGGGCACGCCGAGGACUACGAGCGCUGGCAGCGCCAGGGCGCCGGUGGCUGGGACUACGCGCACUGCCUGCCCUACUUCCGCAAGGCGCAGGGCCACGAGCUGGGCGCCAGCCGGUACCGGGGCGCCGAUGGCCCACUGCGGGUGUCCCGGGGCAAGACCAACCACCCGUUGCACUACGCAUUCCUGGAGGCCGCACAGCAGGCCGGCUACCCGCUCACCGAGGACAUGAAUGGCUUCCAGCAGGAGGGCUUCGGCUGGAUGGACAUGACCAUCCAUGAAGGCAAACGGUGGAGUGCAGCCUGUGCCUACCUGCACCCAGCACUGAGCCGCACCAACCUCAAGGCCGAGGCCCAGACACUUGUGAGCAGGGUGCUAUUUGAGGGCACCCGUGCAGUGGGUGUGGAAUAUGUCAAGAAUGGCCAGAGCCACAGGGCUUACGCCAGCAAGGAGGUGAUUCUGAGUGGAGGUGCCAUCAACUCUCCACAGCUGCUCAUGCUCUCUGGCAUCGGGAAUGCUGAUGACCUCAAGAAACUGGGCAUCCCUGUGGUGUGCCACCUACCUGGGGUUGGCCAGAACCUGCAAGAUCACCUGGAGAUCUACAUUCAGCAGGCAUGCACCCGCCCUAUCACCCUUCAUUCAGCACAGAAGCCCCUGCAGAAGGUCUGCAUUGGUCUGGAGUGGCUCUGGAAAUUCACAGGGAAGGGAGCCACUGCCCAUCUGGAAACAGGUGGGUUCAUCCGCAGCCAGCCUGGGGUCCCCCACCCGGACAUCCAGUUCCAUUUCCUGCCAUCCCAAGUGAUUGACCACGGGCGGGUCCCCACUCAGCAGGAGGCUUACCAGGUGCAUGUGGGGCCCAUGCGGGGCACAAGUGUGGGCUGGCUCAAACUGAGAAGUGCCAAUCCCCAGGAGCACCCUGUGAUCCAGCCCAACUACUUAUCAACAGAAACUGAUAUUGAGGAUUUCCGUCUGUGUGUGAAGCUCACCAGAGAAAUUUUUGCACAGGAAGCCCUGGCUCCGUUCCGAGGGAAAGAGCUCCAGCCAGGAAGCCACGUUCAGUCAGAUAAAGAGAUAGAUGCCUUCGUGCGGGCAAAAGCCGACAGCGCCUACCACCCCUCGUGCACCUGUAAGAUGGGCCAGCCCUCCGAUCCCACUGCCGUGGUGGAUCCGCAGACAAGGGUCCUUGGGGUGGAAAACCUCAGGGUUGUCGAUGCCUCCAUCAUGCCUAGCGUGGUCAGUGGCAACCUGAACGCCCCCACAAUCAUGAUCGCAGAGAAGGCAGCUGACAUUAUCAAGGGGCGGCCUGUACUCUGGGACAAAGAUGUCCCUGUCUACAAGCCCAGGACGCUGGCCACCCAGCGCUAAGACAGUUGCUGCUGGAGGAUGACCAGGGAAACCACCUGAUGAGCCAAGAGGGCCAGCACAGCCCUUGCUCCCAGGCGCCUUCCUGAAACUCUCUAGCACACUGGGACCCAGGUGGUACCCUACUCCGUGGCUGAGAAUUGGAUAAAUUCUUGGGAAAUGAGACAAGUACUGGGCAGUGAAUCAAGCUCCUUUUCCCCAGCCUUUCCCUGUGGGCCAUUUGGGGAAGGCCAGCAUUCAGGCUAAGAUGCUUCUCCCUGCCUCCUGGAGGGACAGAAGGGGAGGAUGGUUAACUCCUGCCGCAUCCUUUGUCUUGUGUUCACAUUGGCAUUCUCUAACCCAGGGCAGUGGUUCCUUCCCAGGCCAUGCACAGAGGCUGGGUGCCUGCCAGACCCUUGGAGGGUUCGCCAAGGAAGGGGCAUCCUCCUUCUCGAGUUGCAAGCUUUAGCUGAGGCAGUGAGUCACACAGUAGUUAGUUCAGCCUCAGCUGGCACCUAAGUUUCCAGUGUCCCUGUUCAGAGGGGAAAGUUGCCUGCUGGUAGAAAAACUGGCUUUUCCUUUCUUGCUUCCUAAUAUCACUCUCAGAGUAAGGCAGGUAACUGGGGCUUGGCUGGGUCACUCUGAGAGGGUUGUGGCUCUGGUUAUUAUUAAACGGGGGCCAGGUGCAGUGGCUCACACGUGUAAUCCCAGCACUUUGGGAAGAUCACUUGAGCUCAGGAGUUCAAGACCAGCCUGGGCAACAUAGUGAGACCUUGUCUCUGGAAAACAGUUAGCUCGGCAUGGUAGUGUAUACCUAUAGUCCCAGCUACUCAGGAGGCUGAGGCGGGAGGAUGGCUUGAGUCCAGGAAGUCGAGGCUCCUGUGAACCCUGAUUGCACCACUGCACUCCAGCCUGGGUGACAGGGUGAGACCCUGUCUCCAAAAAAAAAAAAAAAAAAAAAAAAAAACCUGAGUUUUUCUUGGACCUUAUUCAACGGGAGAGGAGUCUGGAGGGAAUACCACUUGACUUCACUACCAAAGCUUUCAUGACUUAGCAGUUUAAGAGGUUUUCCUUUUACCAAGAAAUGCAGAAACCCGGAGCAAACCCCACAUACCAGAUCACUGUUUCCUACUGAAGCAGCUAGCCAGAGAAAGGACUCUCUCAUAAUGGGCUUGGGAAAUGACUUGGCAGCCUGAACCAUCCCAGCAGAGGACAAGGAUGGUUAAUUCUUAUUCUCUAGACGUCCACAGGAACAGACCAGGAUGGAAAACGCAGUUAAGCACAGCCAUGCACCCUGUUCCUGUAGAAAUGCCCCUGUGUGAAAGAAAAAUCAAUUCCAGAUUGGAGUUUUGGAGGAAAAAAUAUACAAGUAGCAUUUACAACAGCUCUUUGCUCUUUAAAUUUCUUACCAUUCAAUAAAAUGAUCCAGUCACUUACAUUUGAAUCUGAGAUGCCUUCUCCAGACUGUUCUGACAAGGUAAUGAAAAUAAAAUGCGCUUGGAUUUUUCCAGACAUCCACAUCUACCAUCAAGGGCUGGGAAGAAAAGCGUUGUUACGUUGAAACCGGCAUCGGCACUAGGCUCAGAAUAAGGAUGGGAGAAAACGGGGGGAUUCCAGGCUUUGCUGGGAUCUGAGAGGACUGAGGUGGCAUGCAGACGGUAGGGGUCCGACGGCCACAACUUAGUUGUGAGAAGACCUAGAAAGGCAGAAGGGAGACACGCAUCACACCUCUCCUUUUAAGAAUCUUAAGCAGCUCUUGUUUAAGCUUACCUGUAUUAUUUUUUUUAAUUUUUGUUCCAAGAGAGGGUCAAGAAAGAAAAUUCUAAACUGGCCAAGAGACUUAUUUCUCCUACGGAGGGUCCCCACCUGCCCCACAGCAGCAGUCCAUGGCCAUCAGUCACCUGGGUCUCGGGGCUGCCUGCAGGAGUGCAGGCACAGGAGUUCAGGUGCCAGCCCCUCGGCUGGGAGGGCCUCAUGCAGCUCUCCUGCUGGAGCGUGUGUGCAUUCAAGGGCAGGGGAGGGUCCUGGGCCAACCAUGACUCUGCUGACGCUUCUUCUCUGGAACAGGCAUGGAUAUGGCAGGGUGACAGUCACUUAGUUCUACCAUCUCUGUGUCCCAUGGGUGUGUCAGCCUCUGAGACCACGGUGGGUUCAGUCUGGUGGCUGUAUUUUAAAAUAAGCAAAACAUCAUGUGGUAAGAGGGGGUCCAUUGGGGGUGCUACUUGAUUGCACCCCGGCCCUUCUCUCACUCUCAAAUACUUAGCCAUGUUCUACACAGUCGCACAAUUUGGCCAUAACAGGAAUGAGAUUCAAAAGAAAAGAUGGUGUCAUAUGUCCAGAACCUGAGAGUUCCCCUGCCAUGAAGGGAGCCUUUCACCCCAGGAGGAGAGGCUGUCAGCUGAGGAAGCCAGCAUGGGGGAGAAAGGCACUUGCUACACAGUGGGGUGCACAGAGGGUACCCCCCCCAUCUUCAGUCGCAUAGGGAAUCGGGCCCCUUGGCAAAAAGAUUGCAGUACCUAAAAACAGAGAAGCGUGCUUUGCAAAAACGGUUCACAAGCGCACAACAGAAUGCUGUGCAUGUGCCCAGUGCUCUUAAGAGCCCUGGCCUAUUGCAGAAGCCUGUGUUGAAGCCGCUGCACUAGUAGAAGGCAGUUCCUGAUGGAAUAGGGGACGGGGUGGGCUGCGUGGGAGCCAAGAGCGUCUGCCAGCCCAACUGGAGAUGGCGAGUUCCUGAAGCAGGAGUUGUAGGCACCCAAACAUCUAGUCUUUCCUGCUCGUAGCAAAGGUUGCAGACAUCAUCUCCAUGAAUUCAAAUAGAUUCUUCUUGGCUGGGCAUGGUGGCUCAUGCCUGUAGUCCCAGCACUUUGGGAGGCUGAGGCGGGUGGAUUACUUGAGGCCAGGAGUUCGAGAGCAGCCUCGCCAACAUGGUGAAACCCAGUCUCUACUAAAAAUACAAAAAUUAGUUGGGCAUGGUGAUGCACGCCUGUAGUCCCAGCUACUUGGGAGGCUGACACAGGAGAAUCUCUUGAACCUCAGUGGUGGAGGCUGCAGUGAGCCGAGAUUGCACCACUGCACUCCACCCUGGGUGACAGAAUGAGACUGUCUCAAAAAAACAACAAAAACCAGAUUCUUCUCCAGCCAACCGGGUCCCACCACUCAGAAGUGGUUUCAUGCUUCUGCUGAUAAGCCAACUUAACAUCAGAUCUAAUACAGAUUUUUUUAAAGAUAAAAUACCAUCUCUACUGGCCCUGUUAUAGUGGCCCAGGCUAUCCUCACAGGACAUCCCUGAGACCACCCUGUCACUCCUGAUGUUGGAACCAGAGCCCAGGCCUCCUGCUCAUUCUCUCCUGCCCUCCUAGUCCCCAGGAGAGGAGAAGAAAUACUGUUUUAGAGAAAUAACCUUUUCAACAAGACAUCCCCGGAGUCGGUUUUUGAGUUGGGGUGGGCUAGUCAGGGAGUCGGGGCUCUGUGCGUGAUGUCAAGCUGUUUUUAUAAACCAGCCAGCUACCCAUCAUAACAGUAAAAACUUUCAUAGGAAAUGCAAUUGGCAAAGACACGAUGCUGAUAUGUACACAAGGUGAAACUGCUCCAGUUUUUUCAUAGCAGGGUCAGCAGUAAAGCAAGUGGUGCUUGGGUCCCAUCUCACACAGGUGAGCCUGCACCGAGAGGUAACAUGACCCUCAUAGCCCACCAUGCCUGGCCUUUGCCUAAUUCUGAAACUUCUUAGGAUAGAGCUGGAAAGUGCCACCUGGUGAAGUGAGAUCCAGCUGGGUGGAUAUCGGAGUCCAUAGGCUGAGCAGAGAUGGUUCUUAGUGAGGUUCUUGCUGCCAGGUGACAGUGAAAUCAUAGCUGCCAUUUACAUUUUGAGAGAUUAUGAGAAACAUAAGAUUAAAGAAACUAAAUGUAUUAUUCCUGUGGACACAAAAUGUGUAUUUUUCAGGUGGGGAGGGAACCAAAAAGGAAAAACAUUUCAUCUUAAAACUUUCCUAAGACAAAGGAAAACAAAAAACCAUGCUCUACAACUUCAAAUUUUUCUUACAAAGAAAAAUUUAAUAUUCGAUGAGAGGUUGAACCAGGCUUAAAGCAGACAGGUAUUAGGAAGUGGUAUAGCCUGUAAAAACGCCAGUUUGUAAGUACUGACUUUGGAAAAGAUCAUCGCCUCUACCAGACACUUAGGGUCCUGGUCUGGCGACUUUGGCCUGAUGUGAAGCCACACAGUAAGACCAAGACCCAACGGAGAGAGACACAGAGUCCAAGAUAAUGUUGACAGUGGUGUAGCCCUUUAGGAGAAAUGGUGCUCCCUGCAGCUGGUAUUAGGUUACCAUUGGCACUGAAGGAACCAGGAGGAUAAGAGAGAAUAUCCGUAAUUUUAGAGCUGCCCUGGCACAGUACCUGCCCCGCCGGAGGCUCUCACUGGCAAAUGCCAGCCCUGUGCAAGGAGAGCUCCCAAAUAUAACAAAAUUAUUACACAGUUUUAUUCUGAAGAACAUUUUGUAUUUUAAUAAAAAAGGAUGUAUGUCAGGAAAGAGUCAUUUACAAACCUUGAAGUGUUUUUGCCUGGAUCAGAGUAAGAAUGUCUUAAGAAGAGGUUUGUAAGGUCUUCAUAACAAAGUGGUGUUAUUUACAAAAAAAAAAAAAAAAAAAUCCAUUAACAGGUUGUGUAUAUACUAUUAAAAAUCUUGGAC